CGCCUUCUCGCAGUCCCUUUCCGCCCUUAACGUGGUUGAUAUCGGACGUGCCUAAAGUGCUCGGUUCUUCUUUUGAAGCUAAGGCCAACAAUCCGGCGACUAGCACCUUGUAAUUUAGGCAUCGGUGUCUGAAAACAUCCUAUAACUGAAGUAAAAUGGCAUCCGUUUCAGAGCUCGCUUGUAUUUAUGGUGCUCUCAUCCUCCACGAUGAUGAAGUUGCCAUCACAGAGGAUAAGCUGAACGCCCUCAUCAAGGCAGCUGGGGUCACCAUCGAGCCCUUCUGGCCCGGUCUUUUCGCAAAGGCCCUGUCCAGCGUGGACAUCGGCAGCCUCAUCUGCAACGUCGGCGCUGGUGGCGGUGCUGCCCCAGCUGCUGCAGGAGCUGCUGCUGGAGGAGCUGCCCCAGCUGCUGCUGCCCCAGUCGAGGAGGAGAAGAAGGAAGAGUCGGAGGCAGAGGGAUCCGAUGACGACAUGGGCUUCGGUCUCUUUGACUAAAAUCUCUCCUUUUUUUUAAUAAAAAGAAAAACUCCUUCUGAA